GGGGCGCCAGCGCGCAGGCGCAGCCCCGCCCCGCGGGGAGGUGCCGCUGGCUGCGAACCGAAGUGUUCAACAUUAAGCAACAUGUCUUCCACCAAACCUCCGAAUGAAAAUGAAACACCCAAAGAGAGAAAACCAGGACUGAGGAGUGUUCAGACAACUAUGCUUUUCCGAGCUGUGAACCCAGAGCUUUUCAUUAAGCCUAACAAACCUGUGAUGGCGUUUGGACUGAUAGCAAUUAGCCUCUGUGUGGCCUACCUUGGUUAUUUGCAUGCAACAGCAGAGAAUAAAAAGGACCUCUAUGAAGCAAUCGACAGUGAGGGGUCCAGAUACAUGAGGAGGAAAACUUCCAAGUGGGACUGAGAAUGUAAGAAAGGAAAUCAGUAAAUCACUCAGAGAACUUUUCCAGGCAAUACUGGUUUUUUCUCUUUCCCUUGAAAUAAUGGAGAAAUGUCUUGCUUGCUAUUUAAUCCAAUCCAAUCCUUUAUAAAAUGCUGUGCCUGUACAAAUAAACUGCAGUAAAGAUACAUCUGAAAAUAAAAGUGAUUUUAAGAA